GUGUACGCGUAUUCGGCGAGAACGUACCAUUGCAAAACUAAACUUUCUGCAUAAAACAUACAAAAAAACAUUAAACAAAUGAAAAACAUUGCAUUUUAGAAGCUCCUUAAUGAGUUUAAGCAAACGUUGUGGUGCAUGCGUAGAGUUUAAAGCGAGCAGCUCGUAAUUGUGUGUGUGUAAAAAGCCAAAAAAAAAAAAAACGUCCGUCGUCGAAAGAGGGGCGAAGGCGAAGAGAAAAUGUCACGCAAAGCAGCAGCAGCAGCAGAAAAAGAGUGAAGAAAUUACAUUUUUUGGGGAAGGAAAAGCGCAUGAAAACUCAACAAUAACAAUAUUCAAAGACAGUGUGUGCAAAAAAGGCGCAAUUCGCAUGACAAUGCUUAAAACCUAAACACAAAAUUACUACAUUGAACACUUCAAACGCGAAUCGCGAACGCAUAAAAAAAGCAAAGCAAAGGCAACAACAACAACAGCAGCAACAACAAAACGAAAUAAGAAGUUAUUGUAAGUCAAAGAGAGGCAGGCAGACACCUGCAAGUGCACGGAGGAGCGAUGAAAACAACUGAACUGGUCCUGGGGAGGCGCCUAACUACAACUGCAACAGCUCUCGUACAGUUCUCGUUCUUGGAUUUGGGCUACUUGAAUGUCGUCGUCGUCGGCCACUGAAUUCUUGUUGUUGUUGUGUCGUUGGCUCUCAGUUGCAACAGGAACGGGAACUGGGGUCUUUGACGUACUCCUCUCUCCACUGGCACAAUGCAAAGCUUGGACUCAUCAUGUCAAGAAGCAGACUUCAUCAUAAAUGACACGCUUAAGAAGCUAAAGGGCGACAAUCCACUAAAUGCGAAUGCCCAAGGAUUGGCGCACGCCGCUGUUCAACAGCAAUUCGUUUACCAAGCGACGCAGAGUUCGCCCCAGCCACAAACACAGCAGCAACAGCAACUGGGACAGCAGUCGUAUCAUCAGUUGCACACAGUGCUACAGGCCGCAUGCUCUCCCACGCUCUCCAUCAACAACAAUCAGCAACAGCAGCAGCAGAUUUCCUCUGCUCCAGUUACGGUUAGCUUCCCCACCAGUAGCAAAUCGUUUCUGGAGACAAGUCUGCUGCAAGCGAUACCUCAGAUACCAGCGCAACCGCCAAUCUGCAUCUUCGACGAUGAUGAUUCACCCACGGAUCUACCGGCGGGCGGCGGCAACAUUGUCAUACUCACAGAGCAGCAAUCGCAUGUGCCGCUGGCUGCCACAACGCCGAGUGGUGGAUUGCCGUGCACGGCAAUUACGAUAGCCCCAUCGCCAUCAUCGUGCUCCUCGUCCACAACGACGUUAUCGAACUUCAAUUCGAUCACGUCACCGUCGCCGGUAGUUCCUGACCUGCUCUUGUCCACGCCGCCGGGCAUUAAUUCCAGCUUGAGCAACAACAAUAACAAUAGCACGCCCUCCAACACUUCGCAUAUUUUUCAACACCUGCAGCAAUCGCACAGCAGCAGCAGCAAUAACAAUAAUAAUAAUAACAAUAAUAAUAAUAACAAUAACAACAAUAAUAAUAAUAAUAACAAUAGUAAGAAGGCUGAUAGGCGACCAGCGUCGAGCAGCUCGAACGCUUCGUCGGGCAGCAGCAGCGGCACCAGCAGUCAUCACCAAAAUCAUCAUCACUUGCACCAUCAGCUGCAUAAUCAUCAUGUGCUGUCAUCGCCCACAUCGUCGCCCAGCAAACGACAGAAAAACAGCAAUAGCAGCAACAACAGCAAGGAGAGCAGUUCCUCUAGUCGCAAUGCAGCUCUAGCGUCUGCAUCAGCUCGCUCCAACAGCAUUGGCAGCAAUACGCUCAGCACCACCUCCGCCACAUCCUCCAACUCGAACUCUAGCAAGCGAGAGGCGACGCCAAAGUUCUUCAACAUACACGACAAGAUCAAGGAACUCUAUCUGCAGCUGCUCGGCAAUGACCUCAAUCAUUUUGCGGAAACGGGGCUAAAGCAGCGCAGUCGCUCGUUCAUCCUGGAACGCCUGGUGGAGUGCGAGCGUCUCAACACCAUUGUGGUCAACCUGUAUCCCGGCAACAAGGGCUACUCUCUGGCGCUGCAUUAUGACGAGCAAGUGGUGCUUAAUCCGCUGACAAACGAUUGGAUUGUCACCGAAUCGAGCAGUAACUAUCAUGAAAACACCUCCGACAAAAGCAGCACUAGUCGCAACAAGGCGCUGGCCGAGAGUGCCAAGUCGCGGCUGGCCGACAACGAUGGCGAUGCGGCAACAACAACAGCAACGGCCACUCAACCGGUGUCCUCAAACUAUGGCCUGGUGGAGGUGUUGCGUUGGCCCUAUGAGAAUGAUUUGCUGUUGCAGUGCAUCGACCGGGAGCUGCUGCCCGAGUUUCUCAUGGAUCUACUUAGUGCGGAGACGGUCAGUUUGAAUUCGCCGCAGGAUGGCAGCGAGGGAUCGCGUGUGUAUGCCAAACCGAGCGUCUUCUAUGCGGGCUGUGUGAUUGCGCAAAUACGCGAUUUUCGCCAGACCUUUGCCACCUCUACGAAUAUCUGUGAUAUGAAACACAUCCUGCUGCGGCCCAGCAAUGCCACGCUCUUUGCGGACGUGCAACAACUGGGCAGUCUGCUGGGUUGCGCUGCCGCCACCGCCGAGGAUCGCCUGGCGCUGGAGAGUCAACUAGUGCUGGCCACCGCCGAGCCGCUGUGCCUCGAACCAGAUCCCAGCAUUGGACGGCAAGCGAUCAACGCACAGCACGAACGACAACGCUUCAAUUCGCAUGAGAUGCGACGGCAGAUGAACAAAUUCACCCAGGUGGCAAUCAAUCGCAAGCGCAAAUUGGAUCAGUUCACACAUCACAAGGGUCUCGAGUUGUGCGACUAUCUCACCCGUCUACGCCAGCGGCCGCGGAGCUCUAGCAGCAGCACAGCUAAUGCCACGCCCGCCACCGCGCCUAGCAACAAUCCCUUGGUGGGCGCCAUGCUCUCCUCAUUCACAUCGAAGGUGCCGCGACGGCCGCUUGAAGUUAUACGGCCCAUACGGCCGCCGUGUAUCGAGUAUCCGGCCAACAUAAAGGUGCCCGAGCAUGUGAUUAGUGUGGAGAAAUAUGCCAAGACUUUUGAGCCGUUGAACGAGUUUAGCGAUGCGUGCAAGGAGGGCUGUCAGCCCAACUGUCGCCACAACUUUCAGCCGCAGCUCAUCGAGGAGUAUGUGCUGGAGACGGAGCGAGAGGCGAGCGAGGGUCGGCGCGCUUUGUACCACAUCAAGUUGUCCAUCUAUCAGCGUCCCUCUGAUGCGGAAUACCUCGGCGAACUGUAUGUGGAUCGGGAUUAUCGCGAGGGCGAGCGCAACGGCGAGUCGUGUCGCUUUGCAUUGGGCACGCGGGUCCAUGCGAAUCGUUACAUUCAGCAAUUCCGCGAGAUAUUCACUGAGGAGGGACGCAAGGCUGUUAAGAUUACGCAUCUGAUACCCGGACAUGUGCCAAUUGUUACCCACACUGGGCUGACGAAUGAGCAGCGUUUGCUGCUGCAACAACAGCAACAACAACAACAACAGCAGCAACAACAGCAGCAGCAGCAGCAACAACAACAGCAGCAACAACAACAACAACAGCAGCAACAACAGCAGCAGCAGCGACAGGCACAGUUCACUCAACAAUUGCCGGCGACAGUGCAUCAUGUGGCGCAAACGCAUCCGCUUCCCCGACAACAACUCGUGGCCAAGACAGUCAACAGCACGACGAUCAACGCACAGCAGAACUUUCGCCAGCAACAACAGCAACCAAUUGCCGCAGCGCAGUUCAACGUUGAUGGUCAAUUGCAACUACAGCAGCAGCAACAGACGCAAAUCGUCAGUGGCAACAACAGCAUUUUACAGCAGCAAUCGACGCAACAGCAACAACACCCGCAACAGCAGCAGCAGCCACAGCAUAUACAAUUGCUGACGUCUAGCGGCAAUGCUUCCAAUACGACCACUCACCAAGUGAGCUUAAGCAAUGGCUCGCUAGUGUUGGUCCAGCAGCAACCGCAGCAGCAGCAACAACAACAGCAAUUGGCCACAACGCUGCAGCACUCAGGAAUCACAAUACAGCCAGCCAAUAUGCAACAGCAGCAGCAGAAAGUAACAACUGCUCAGCUGAACACUGCCAUUGGCGCCAAUUCCGCAUUGCGUGCCCAGCUCAACUCCAAUGUGCCAAUUCUCCAAUCCCAGCUGAAGGCUGCUCCGAUUGUGAGUACACAACAUCAAUUGCUGCAGAAGCAGCAGCAACAACAACAGCAGCAGCAUCAAAUAACUGCCGCAACUAAUAACAAUAUGAACAACAAUAACAACAACAGCAACUCGUCGGUGCAUCCAAAUCCUGCGAUCAAUGCCAUAGUGACCAGUAUCAUGAACUCUGCCAAUCAAUAUCAGCAGCAACAACAUCAUCCGCAUCCGCACUCUGGCACGCCGACACCUCCAGGUAACAGCAACAACAAUGCGACGACAACGAUCAAUAGCAGCAAUAACAACAACAGCGGUAAUGUGACGACAACAACAUUAAAGAAUUCGGGCAAUGCGUCCAUACUUAACCUGCUAAACAGUGCUCCAGCUGCCAUGACUAGCACACCUGUGGCCAGUGGCACCUUUACCACUUCGGCGACGGGGCAACAGCAGACGCUGACACUGGUGCAGCAUCAGCAGCCAAAUGCGGCCAACACUGUGGAUGCCACAACGGCCACCUAUGUGCAGACAACACGCGGCACACCGACGUUGGUCACAACACAACGCAAACAGCCAUCGAGCGAAGUACUGCAGAAUCUGCUGAACACCAAUCGCAAGAUCAACAUUGUGGGCGCCGGUGGAGCCACAACGUUUCGCACCAAUUCCGCGGGCAAUCUGAUAGCCGUGAAUUUGAACCAGGCUCAAGCCCAGGGUCAACAGCAGGCUGGCGAUGGCAAUCAAACGGUGCGCGUGUCCAUGUCAGCACUGGCAUCACAGCUCGCUUCGCCUCCAGCGAUCAUGACGAAUCCCACCACUAGCUAUGGCGCAUAUACAGUGAGCACGGGCGGCGUCUGCGGCAGCCUCAAGAUACUCAAUUCGGGUCAGCAGCAGCAACAGCAGCGCAUACUGAGCACACUGCGCAGGGAUAGCACAACGGCGCCACCAAAUGCCAUUGUUGUGGGCAUGGCGGCGCCUUCGCCAGGCAGCGAUUCAAACGCUUCGAAUGCCAGUGGAUUUGCAGUGCCCACGAAUCUAGCGUCAUCGACUGGCGGUGGCAGCGGCACGCUGAAUGCGCUGCUGACGAACGCAGCGACGCCCUCGCCAUCUGGAUCGGAUCAUUCGCAGUCAUCGCAAACGCAUCAGAAUCAAGUGCUGCUCGAUAGGCUGAGCAAUGUCACCUCGAAUGUGUCAUCAGUAUCGGCUGUGGCCAUGCCACACAUGUCGCCGCAACAACAGGCGCAGUCGACGCAGCAGCAGCAAUUCAUAACCAAGACCUUGGUGCACUCACCCGCCACCUCAUCGAUACACUCGCCAAUGUCUAGUCCGCAUCCGCAGCCGUCUGCGUCGCCGCAGCAGCAACAGCAAACAACCACCACGCUCAAUCUGCAGGGUAUCAAUCUGUCGCAGCUGCAAGGAGCCAUUUCCAAUUUUACUGGCCUGCAGAAUGUUCAGGUGCAGAUACCCGGUUACGCUCAGCCCAUUUCACUGCAGUUCUCUGGCAACAAUCUGCAUGCACCUGUGCAAGUGCAACAGCAGCAACAACCACAACAGCAACAGGUCACGGCUGGAGGCGGCAAUGCAACGGGAACUUUACAACAGGCGCAGCCCCAGCAGCGAAGUGUUCUCGUCUCGGUGCCCGUGUCGACGCAGCAACAGCAGCUGCCCCAUACGAUAACAUUAACGCAACCGUCUGCUCAGCAACAACAGCAGCAGCAACAACAACAGCAGCAACUACAACAUGCACCACCCACGGGCACAAUCGUUAGUCUGCCGUCGACGGUGGCUGGGACACAAACGGUGGUCAUCACAAACAAUGCAGCUGGCAGCGCUGGAGGCGCUGGAGGUGGCGGCAAUGCCAGUAGCACAGGCGCCACAGCAGCCAUGCUCACGCUACCCAUUGCUCAAAUAGUCGGUCCUGGCGUACAGAAAAUCAAUCCUCAAACAAUACGUACCUCAAGCGGUGUUGGUGGUGUUGGCGUCGUUGCCACAACAGCCUCCGCAGCAAUGCAGCCGCGAGCACGCAACGUUCAGGUUGUGGGCACCAAACAGAUGGCCAGUAACAGGCAAUUGCUCACGACGCAACGCCAGAUCGGUGGCUCCACCUUAAAGAUUGCCACAACGCCCGUGAAUGCCAAUGCCGUUAGCAAUAGCACAAAUCUGAGUGCCGGACCGAUUGUGAUGUCAACGCAAAAGUUGCAGCUGAAGACAGUCAAGGCGUCGACGCAGCAACCACAGCCAGCUCAACAACAGCAACCACAACAACAACAUCGAAUACUCAACCAGGGCACUGCCUCGGCCUCAUCGCAAACACUGCCGAGUCCCAGCCAGGUGCAGGUGCAGCAUCAGCAAGUGCAGCACAUUCAAAUCGCUGGACGCAAUGCUGCCACCAGUGCUGCUGUCAUCAAUCAACGCACACUCUCAGCGCUGGCGGCAGCAAAACAGGCAGCCGUCAAUCGACGGCGAUCGACCACCGAUGUGUCCAAAUAAAUGUAGGGAAUAAGCUCCAAGCCAAUAUCCAAUAGCCCCAAAUUAUACGAGUUGAUGUGAUGUGAUGGAAUGGGCCCAGUACUUGCUAACACACAAAAUACAACUACUGAAGUGUGCAAUCAACCAUACAGGAGCACUAUUCAUUUUUCGUUAAUUGAGUUCAUUGAGGAGAGAAGACAAGUAAUAAGGCUACGCGUUGUGUAUUUGCAUGAUAUUAUAGUUUAUGGUUACAACUUAAAUAGCACUCUACUAUGUAGCAUACAUUGUUUAUCCAUAUAUCUACAUGUAUUUCGAUGUGUAUAAUCGUUAGUAUAAAUUUCAUCAAUUAUGUGGACUUAACGAACGUAUGUUGCUGCUGCCGAGAUGAAGAUGACGCUGAAGCCGUAUGAGAUCAAUCGACAUAUAGCAGCUCAUUAAAUACAAUAUGCAAAAAAGACCUCUCAAUAAGCUGGGAGUUGCGUCUGCGCUUAAGUUUCAAGUGUCCCCCAUUUGCAGAGUACUCUGCAAAAAAUUACAAAACGAAUUAGGUGUAAAGCUCUUAUUAAUUAAUAUUUAUCUAAUUGUACAUAAUAAUUGUUUCAAAUAUAUAUAUAUGUAUAAAUUUAUAUAUAUAUAAUCGUGCGCUGAAACGCCAUGUCAACAAUGUCUAUCAAUUUGGCUCUCCAACUCCAAUUUGUUACACCUUAAGUCUAGUUACAUAAGCUUGCGUGCUAACUUUAAGCCUAAAAACGUAAGGCCCUACAAUUAGAAGGCCCCCUAAAGAAAUAAAAGCAAAACAAAAUCAAGAAAACAAAACAGAAAGCAAUAAGAUGAAAAACAAAAAUUGUAAAAUUUGAUUGUAAAAGAGAAACUUGGCUAAUUAUUACGAUUUGGAUUAGUUACAAAUAUGUGAACCACUAUAAUGGUUCACGUCAAUCUAAAUAUAAAUAUACAUACAUAUGCAUAUUGUACUAUUAUGAUUAUUAUUACAAUUAUUAUAUUAUUAUUAAUAUUACUACAAUUAUUAUUAUGAUUAUUGCUUAUUAUUUAAAUGCUUAACUUAAUUUUAUAUAAAAUAAAAAAAAAUAAUUUUAGUUUGUAUUGCGAAACAAUAUAACAACCAACAAAUUAAACAAAACAAAUUAGUACUCGUACUUCCAACUGCAAUUUACAUUUUACAAACGAAACAAAAACUUAAACAAAGAAAUGUAAAAAAUUGAACGCUAAAGUCAUGCAAACCAAAUUGCAAAUUGAAAUUAAUUUGUAAUAGCGCAAUGUAAUACGAAAUUGAAAGUAAAUAGGCAUGAAAUAGUUACCAUUUUGAAGGUAACUAGCUUCGAUCAACAAAUUAUACGAUUAUACAAUACAAAUUUUGUUUAUUUUUUUUAACUGAGCCUGUUUUUUGUAGCAUGAACUUAUUUAUUUAAGUAACUAUUUUAAUUAUGUUACGACUUUUGCUGUAAUUGUAAUUGUUUGGCAUCGUUUGCUUUUGCUGUACAACAAAAAUGCCUAUAUAAUACAAAAUACCCUAUAAAAUAACGUAAACUAUAAAAAGAAAGAAAAAACAGAGAUCCCCCAACUAUACACACGCAUACACUCAAGAAUAAUUUACUCAAUGUUAAUAUUAUUAAUAAUAAUAAUAAAUGUGAUUUAAGAAAGAAAACAUGGUACUACCUAAAAAAUUAUAAAUGUUACGAUAAAAGAAAAGAGAACCAGGUAGUCAAGGCUGGAAUUGCGUACGAGUCCGUAUCUGGAGCAGCUCCAGAAAAUGAAGACAGAAGCAAAAAUUUUAAAUAUAUGAAUACAUAAGACGAGUAAUGCAGAUCAAUCUGAAAAAGCAGCAUAAGCUAUUAACUACCUAUUAACAUAAAUGUAACUUCAAUUCAAUAACUGCUUAUCUAAAUACCUGACGUAGAAUCUUUUUCUUUUAAAGUAUACAUAAAGCAAAAACUGAUAACGUUUAAAGACAUAAACAAAAAAAACGAUACUUACUUUCGAGAGAACUGAAAUUAAAGCGCCGAUAAAAGUCACUCGAUGUCGUGGAUAGUAAGUAAAAUGCAUCCAUGAAAGACUUCUAAUAAAUCAAAUAUAAAAAGUCUCCAUUGUACUACUAUGUAUGUAUCAAAUUACAAAAUAUUUGCUACAAAUUUAGGAACUGCACAGCCGAACCCACGUUUAUAUUUACAAAUGAAGACAACAGAAACAUUUAUUACAUAAACUGAUAGUAGCUGAGAUACAUUAUCAAUGUCCGGCUAGCCAGUGCUGCGCUCAAGCAAUAAAUUGGGAUAGAAACGCAAACCCUCAACGGACUCAUCACGGCAAACUUUUCCCAAUCGCUCUGCCACCAAGAAACG